UUCUUCCUUCUUAAUUGCAGACGAGUCUGUGAAGCCUGAAUGCAACAAAAAAGUGCGUUCUGGCCGGAAGUCGUCAUGCGGAAAGACUCGUUGUUGGAAGCCGAAGAUCGCCGAUCCCCGCGUUUGAGGAUCCCCCAAAGCGAUGGCCGUGCUCUGAGAACCUCAGAUUCGGACAAUGUUCACGGCGAAGUGCAUAAGCGCAGCAUGGACGCGAGUCCUGGCAAGGAAAACCGGCCUGAGCCAAAAAUACCCAGACUGUCGUCUCCGUCGUCGCACGCGGCAACUGCGGAUGUGUCGUCGCGCAAACGUGACCCGAAAAAGUCGAUGAACGACCUAGUGGAAUACGCGAACCGAUGCUUGCGGGAUUACAGAUCGGGGGACAACGACGACGAUGUGGGUAAUCCAGACACUGUCGACAGUGUCGACGACGUCGUUGACGACUUGCUGCCUGUGGAUUUUGAAGCCGUGUUCCGAGCAGCGUCUGGGUUGGACCCGAUGAAGGGUGCGUGUUCCUUGCCGAUCGUCAACUUCAUGCGAGACAACAAAAAGCCGCAUUGCGGGAACAAGACUGGACCCGUGAUUACCAAUGCAGAUAGUCUGAAUAAAAGGCGGUUGUGUAGUGUGAAGACGAAUUUGCGUUUGGGCACAUGUGAAGAUGGAGGAGAGUCGGACGACGAAUUUGAUCAGCAAUGGCUAGUCCAGAAGAAAAUGGCGGAAUUCGAUGAAUUUACUGACGUGAAUGAAGGAGACUGA